AUAGACAAAAACAGUUCAAAUAUUCGUCGUUCUUUUCUGAACAAUCGAGUCUGGUUAUUAUUACAUUAAUCGCUUUUAAAAUCGACCACUUCCUCUAAUGGCUUCUCCUGUUGAGUUAGAUAUGGAAAACAGGCAAUUAAAAGCCCAAAUUCAUGAUCUGAAGCUGGAGCUUGAAGAUAAAGAAAGUCAAAUGGCACUAUCAGGGAAGCUAGGGAAUGAGCUUUUGCAAAGUAAUAACGAGCUAAAUCGUCAUCUUGAAGAGAUACAAGAAUCGCACCUGCAACAGAUGGAGGAGUUGCGUCAAGAGAACUAUUGCCUUCGUAUGAAGAUUGACCAAGAAAAACUAGCACAAAAAAAUUUUUCAAAUGAGAUGGAAUUAGUGAAAGAAAAACUAGAGAGAAAUACACAACAAGAGCUUGCUCGUCAAGAAAACAUCCAUGAAAAGAAAAUUAAUGAACUUCAGGCUGAGAUUGAGUCUAUUCAUUUGGAACUUGAGAAAAUUUCUCUCAUCAAUGAACAAUUACAUACAAAGGUUUCUAAACAAGAGGAAAUGUUGGCUGAGGCACACAGGUAUUCAAAACAGCUGCAAGGAAUGGGUGCUUUGGAAACACAACUGGAAGAUAUGAAGGAGGAGUGUGCAUUGAUGAGAUUGAAGAAAGAAGAAAUGAAGAUUAUUUUAGAUGAUGUGAAUGCAGAGAAAGAACAACUGCUGUUUGAUAGGCAAAAUUUAAUGCAGAAAAAUGAGAUAUUAAAGGAAAAUCUGGAGGAAACGUCAGGUCAAGGCAAGACAUGGUUUGAUGCCUUGCAGAACUCUCGUCAAGAACUGUCCGAACUUCAACUAGAGAAUUCAGCUUUAAAAGCUGAAGCUUUAAAUAGAUCACAUAAAGACAAAGGCAAUUCUUUAUUUGGUGAGGUGGAAGAUAGAAGAUUGGAACUUGAACAACAGCACACAGCACUUAGUGCGAAAUAUGAAUCUCUGUCAACCACACAUCAUAUUAUGAAGAAGCAACUUAUUGAACUAAAGACUCGAAUUUUGCCCAUGCUCACGAUGGCAGGCAAUCAGGCUGACAGUUUGAAGAUGAGAAGACUUGAAGCUGCUCUUAUUCAGAGUAAAAGUGAAAUUCAAAAUUUGUAUGUUAAGAUUGAGGAGUUGGAAAAGGAAAAGGAUGGACAAGGAAUGAACUCAAGACUGGAAAGAUUCCAUGAUGUGUUUACCGACUUCAAAGAUAAGAAAGACUACGUUGUGUACCUUCAGGACGAAAUUAAAAACCUUAACGUGGCGAUUGAGAAUUUGAAAUCCAAGAAUGCAGUUGCGAUGAUGAAACUGACCGGCGAAACAGACAAAAGACGGCAAGUGGAAUCACAGCUUCAUGCUUCUGAGGUUGACAAAGAAAAACUCAAAUUGGAACGUGUGCGAUUGCAGAUCAAAAUGGACGAACUGAAAUUGAAAUUUCAACAAGCUGGAAAUAUAGUAGAUUCACAGGUGGAGGGAUCGAAGAAAAAUGAAAAUUCCAAACCCUCGCUUUGGAAAGAUGCGAGUUUAUUUGCGAAAGCAGAAAAUGUAAAGACAAAUACGAAUGCUAACGAUAAAACAUUACGACCGUCGAAUACAACCGCCGUUACAAAACCUCCAACACUUGCGAAGAACCCAACCCAAAUGAAAUCACCACAAAUCAUUGCAUGUAAAUCCCAGCAAAUUCUAUCGACAAAGAAAUCAAAGCCAGUUGGCAUGGUCUCACCCAGGGUUCCGGGUCGUAAGCAAGACAAAACACAACAAACACCUACAGCUGACGCAGUGUCGACACCAGCUAAUGAUGUUAACAGAGAAAUUCAAGGUACUCCAGGACCCCGUGAAAACUCAGAGACAGAGAACGAAUCAACGUCAAGACAAAAUAAUCAAAAUGUAAGAACAGUGAAACCUCGUCGUGUCAUUCAUGUAAGGAAAGACGCGGCAAAAAACGAAUGCCAACAGCAAUAAAACGCCGGAGUCAUUUGAAAGAAAAUUGAAGAUGAAAAAUUAACAUAUAUCGGCGAAGUACAUAUAUUAGUGGCACAUUGCAGGAUCGUGGUAAUAAAAGUAUACUAGAAUGAUGUCACAGCUACCAUUAAUACACUUUAGUACAUGGUACUUUUCAAGUCGUGUCCCGUUUAGUUGAUGUUCAACAAAAAUAUACUGCUGGGUAUUGAUUAGAAAUAUGAAUAUAU